AUGCCUACAACAACUGCUAGUGUGGUUGUUGACUCAAAUAAUGGGGGAAAUCCUCUAAUGAAGUCUGUGGAUUUAUCACCAGAAUUAAUCUAUCAACAGAAGAGACAAGUAUACAAGGGAGAACAACAAUUGCCAGACGAUAAGACUUAUAUCCCUCAUUUAACCCCACCACCAGAAUUACCAUCACCCUCACAACAAAACCCACUAAAUUCAUUUCUUCAACAAUUUGGCAUUUCUAAUUUAAUGCCAAUUGAAAAAGCCGAAAAAAUUGUAGAAAAUAAACCAAGGACAGAAAAACAAAAGGAAGAAAAUGGUGAUAUAAUUGGAAGUUUAAUGCGUGGGCAAAUGCCUCAGAUGCCAGAUUGGUUAAGUCAAUUCGGGCUUGAUUCAAUGCUUGGACAAAAUUUAAAUAAUAAUGAACAGCAACAAUCUGGUAAUGCAUUGGCACAAAUAUUUGGAAAGAAAGAUGCUAAAAAUGGGGGAGGAGGCGGUGCUCUUUCCUCCUUCUUUGGAUCUGGAUUAGAUGAUGCUCCUAGGAAAUAA